GGCGGAUGUACCACUGAAUAUUGUGCACGGGAGAUUAAAGAAAUGAAAAUGGAGUCGGUGGAUGGAGACUGUAGGCAGUGGGACGAAGACUCAUACAGAGACAGCAUAUUGGAGGAGAGGGAAUCGCAUUCUCUUACUAUCUUCCGAACGGUCUUCUCACCGUCUCCGAUCAAUCAAAACCCUAAGUUCAUCGUCGCUGCUUCUAGCGACGGUUCCAUUGCAUCUUAUUCCUUGUCCUCUCUAAUCUCAUCCCUCCCAUUGGGUUUCGGAAAUUAUAGGGCUCAAAAUUUAUUUGCAGCGGAACCGAUUUGUUUACUUCACGGGCAUGAUGGACCUGCUUAUGAUGUUAAGUUCUAUGGUGAAGGUGAAGAUUCUUUGUUGUUGAGUUGUGGCGAUGAUGGUCGAAUUCGAGGAUGGAAGUGGAUGGAUGUUUUGGAAGCAGAGCAGGAUAGUUUGUCGCAAGGUGGCCUGUCGAAGCCGCAGCUUGACUUGGCAAAUCCUCAACAUAAAGGUCCUUGGGGUGCUCUUUCCCCUAUACCUGAAACUAAUGCUAUUGCCGUUGAUACUCAGGGGGGUUCGAUAUAUGCAGCUGCUGGUGAUUCCUGUGCCUAUUGUUGGGAUGUGGAAAAAUCUCAAAUCAAACUGACUUUCAAAGGGCAUGCUGGUUAUCUACAUUCUGUUGUCGCCCGAAAUUCUUGUAAUCAGAUUAUAACUGGCUCGGAGGACGGAACGGCCAGAAUAUGGGAUUGUAGAACUGGAAAGUGCACUCAAGUUAUUGAACCUGGGAAAGACAAGAAAUCUAAGGAGUUCUUUUCGUAUAUCAGUUGCAUUUCUCUUGAUGCUAGUGAAAAGUGGUUGGGUUGUGGCAGUGGGCGAAAUUUGUCUGUGUGGAAUCUUUCUGCUGCUGAAAAAAUUUCAGGGAUCUCAACUCGUGCUUGCAUCCAAGAUAUAUGCUUUGAUGAUAAUCAAAUAUUAGCUGUGGGAGCUGAAUCGGUGCUGAGUCGGUAUGACAUCAAUGGUGCCAUGCUUUCUCAGAUACAAUGUGUACCACGGUCGGCAUUUUCCGUUUCCUUGCAUCCAUCGGGUGUUAUUUCGGUUGCUGGUUACGGUGGGGUGGUCGAUGUUAUCUCUCAAUUCGGAAGCCAUUUAUGCUCGUUUCGAUGUCAAGCCUAUUUGGGAGUUUUUUCGAAAACAGUUCAAGACACAAAGGUAAGAAAAGAGAGUGAAGACAUUGAAAAAGUGAAAGAGGAUAGGGCUCCACCUAUAAAACCUAGUGAUGGGCAAAGGGGAAUGCAUUGCUGGGACCAAUUUGAGCACAGCCUUUUUCUUUCACUCGCACUCACAUUCCCCUCAACUCCACGGCCACCCGAGGAGUUUGAGAAAACCCUAAAAAGCCUCCCUAAAAAUCUCUCACUUUCUCUCUCAAUCUUUCCACCAAUCUUCAAAUCAGUCAUGGCAGGCGUAACACCAGAAGGUUCUCAGUUUGAUACUCGCCAAUUUGAUACAAAAAUGAAUGAGCUGCUGUCAACCGACGGGCAGGACUUUUUUACUUCAUAUGAUGAGGUUUAUGAUAGUUUUGAUGCUAUGGGUCUGCAAGAAAAUCUUUUGAGAGGCAUUUAUGCAUAUGGUUUUGAAAAACCAUCAGCAAUUCAGCAGAGGGGAAUUGUCCCUUUCUGCAAGGGUCUUGACGUAAUCCAACAAGCUCAAUCUGGAACAGGGAAGACUGCAACCUUUUGCUCUGGUAUCCUUCAACAACUCGACUACAAUGUCGUCGAGUGUCAGGCCUUGGUUCUGGCACCUACCCGUGAACUUGCACAGCAAAUUGAAAAAGUUAUGCGAGCACUUGGGGACUAUCUUGGUGUGAAGGUCCAUGCUUGUGUUGGUGGAACCAGCGUUCGUGAAGACCAGCGCAUUCUCUCGGCUGGUGUCCAUGUUGUUGUUGGUACUCCUGGUCGUGUCUUUGACAUGCUCAGGAGGCAGUCACUUCGUGCUGAUUACAUCAAGAUGUUUGUGUUGGAUGAAGCUGAUGAAAUGCUUUCCAGAGGUUUCAAGGAUCAGAUUUACGAUAUCUUCCAGUUGUUGCCGUCAAAGGUUCAAGUUGGAGUGUUCUCUGCAACAAUGCCUCCAGAAGCCCUUGAGAUCACAAGGAAGUUCAUGAACAAACCCGUGAGAAUUCUCGUCAAGCGCGAUGAACUCACUCUCGAAGGUAUCAAACAGUUCUACGUGAACGUCGAAAAGGAAGAAUGGAAGCUCGAAACCCUCUGCGAUCUCUACGAAACCUUAGCCAUAACCCAAAGUGUCAUCUUUGUCAACACCCGAAGGAAGGUCGAUUGGCUAACCGACAACAUGCGUAGCCGUGACCACACCGUCUCCGCCACUCACGGAGACAUGGACCAGAACACCCGAGACAUCAUCAUGCGUGAAUUCCGUUCCGGGUCGUCUCGCGUUCUCAUCACUACCGAUCUUUUGGCUCGUGGUAUCGACGUCCAACAGGUGUCGCUCGUGAUCAACUACGACCUUCCAACACAGCCUGAGAACUACCUGCAUCGUAUCGGUCGAAGUGGUCGGUUCGGAAGAAAGGGUGUGGCUAUAAAUUUUGUGACAUUGGAUGAUGAAAGGAUGCUUGCAGAUAUUCAGAAGUUUUACAAUGUGAUGGUGGAGGAGCUGCCAUCAAAUGUUGCUGAUCUGAUCUGAUCUGAUCUGCUCUGCUGAAUUAGAAAGAGAUUUUGGGAUGAAAAAAGGUUAGUUUUUGAAAUCUAUUAUCGGUUUUGUUUGUUUAAGUUAUUAUUAUUAUUAUGAUGAUGAAAGACUUUUUUUGAGAGAUAUUAUGCUGAGGUGGCAAUUGCAAUUGCCAGGUGUCAGUUCAUGUUUGUACCCUAAAGUUUCUUUUGGCCCUACAAGUGUAUGGAUUUGUUUAUUUUUAUUUCUUUUUGCA